UAUAAUUUAAUUACUGAAGCAUUAUAUAGCACACAAUCUAAUGAUGAGAUAAUACAUUAAGUUAAUUAGAAUAUUUGUAUUGAAUAAUAGCUGUUCAAACUAUGUUUCAGAGAAAUGUUUUGACAUGGGAAAUGGUUCAUGAUAUAUGAUAGAGCUAGUUAAACAAAUAGCAUUUUUCAUAUAAUUUUUAUAAUAAUGAUAUAUAUGAAAUAAACAGUAGAAAAGUAUAACUGCACAAUUAUUUAAAAUGAUCACUUUUGUUUGUAUGUUUCAACAUGUCAUCUCUUUAGUCCUUUAACUAGAGUUUCAUGUUUUUCUAGGUUUUUAAAACUUCAAGUCAAAAUCUCAUACAAAGUAGGUAUCACAUUGUUUACACAAGGGUUCACACAAAAUCUAAACUAUUCAAGAUUCUAAAAUUUCUAAAUAAGAAUAAAAGCAGGAGAAUAAUAUAAAACCUGAUGGUUAAUAAGGUAGUAGAAUUACAAAUAUGUAUUUUUCACCAAAAAUAAAAUAAUAAAUAUCAAAACCAUUUUCUUCAAUGCUAACACCAUAAAGGAAGUCAGUUAAGUUAUAUUAUUUUCAGAAGAAUCUUGAGAAUGUAUUAUCCCCAUAAUAAUUUGUAUGCUUUCUCAAAUUAUAUGCUCUUGUUUUUAAUGUAGAAUACCAGAAAUUCACGCUAUCCUCAUGAUAAAAAUCAUGAUAAAAUACAAAUUAUCAUGGUAAAAUAUAAAUUAUUAAAAAUCCAAUAAAACCCAGAUAAAUAGAAAUAUUGGCUUAUAAAUAUAAUUCUUUAUUAAAAGUGAUUAUAACUUUUGAAGGAAAUGGCUGUUUUGUGAUUGAAGUGGGGAGUAUACAAAGGGAGCUUGAAACAUCUGGUCAUAUCAGAAGGAAAUAACUGCUCAAAUAUUAUGGGAACAUGUUAAAAAGACAGAGGAGCAUGCUUAGAAGGCCUAGAUAUAGGAAAAUUAAGCACCAAAAAAUGACAACAAUGAAGUACAACCCACUGAAUAAAAAAAUCCAUGAGUCUAUACUGAUGGAUAGAUAGAUGACAGAUAGCAGAUAGAUAACAGAUGAUAGAUAACAGAUAGAGAGCAGAUAGAUAAUAGAUAGGUAAGUGAAUGAAGCAUUUUUUAUACUAAAGUUGCCAACUAAUAAAUGUAAAAGCAAUUAUAGAGUCAGAACAACACAUUUUGAAUCAUCAUUAUUAUCUGAGUUAGGCAAGAUAAUCAAUGGAUGCUAAAACUAGUGACUGAAAGGAACUAGUGAAGUGACAUUAUGAGGAACAAGCUACAUAUAUAAUAAUUUUAAUGGGUACUCCAGAAACUAAUUAGGGGGAAAAAAUCACAUAAUGGAGAUAUCUGGGAAGCACCAUCUUCACCAAGUGAUCCAAGUUAGCUUCACCCCAAUAAUAGGACAAAUUAAUAUCAUAAACUUGCUCAGAACACACAGAGAAAAAUACUAUUUUUCCUGCAGAAAGUGAAUAAUUUGAACAAAAACAUUGAGGAAUAUUGUACACUCUCAAUUUGUUGGACAUUAUGCUGAAGAACUCUUCAAAAUAUCAGUGUUCAGAAAGGCACAAAAAGGCUGAGUAAAUAUUACAGGUACAGGAGACUAAAGACAGAUGACUUUAGAUAUAAUGCAUAAUCUUGGAUUAGGUCCUAGACUGGUGUGGUUGGAGGGAGAAUAUUGUAUAUUAGAGAAAAGAAACAUGUCAAUAUCAAUAUCAAUAUCAAUAUUAAACAUGUCAAUGUCAAUAUUAAAUUCUCUGAUUUUAAUACUUAUAUUAUGGUCAAGCUAGUGGGAAUUAGUUUUUUUUACUAAAAGAUCAGAAAUUUAUAAUUAAAUAGGUAUUAUGUCUACACUUUAAUCUCAACUGGUUCAAAAAAUAAAAAUUACAUAGAGAAAGAGAAUAAGACAAAUAAUAAAUGUUAACAUUUGCUGAAUCUGUAUGAAAUUAAGUGGGAGUUCUUUGAAAAAUUUGUGACACUUUUUAUGUUUAAAUUUAUUUCAUAAUUAAAUGCUAAAAACAGAGAGGUAAUAAAUCUUGGGAAUUUGAAGGGGCUUAUCUAAUAGGAACAAACAUAUAGCCUUUAUCUUAGCUCAUUUUCAGAUAAAAACUCAAAUUUUCUGACCUUUCUAUCACACUUCAGUCCUUGACAGACUUCCAUUAAGGAAUGGGAGUCAACCAAUCAUGGGUCACAGAAUUCAUCCUGGUGGGAUUCCAGCUCAGUGUCGAGAUGGAAGUGCUCCUCUUUUGGAUCUUCUCCCUGUUAUACAUCUUCAGCCUGCUGGCGAAUGGCAUGAUCUUGGGACUCAUCUGUCUGGACCACAGUCUGCAUACCCCCAUGUACUUCUUCCUCUCACACCUGGCCAUCAUUGACAUGUCCUAUGCUUCCAACAAUGUUCCCAAGAUGUUGGCAAAUCUGAUGAACAAGAAAAGAACCAUCUCCUUUGUUCCAUGCAUAAUGCAGACCUAUUUGUAUUACGCUUUUGCUGCUGCAGAGUGUCUGAUUUUGGUGGUGAUGUCCUAUGAUAGGUAUGUGGCCAUUUGCCACCCUCUCCAGUACACUGUCAUCAUGAGCUGGAGAGUGUGCACGAUCCUGGCUGUCAUGUCCUGGUCAUGUGGGUUUGCCCUGUCCCUGGUACAUGCAAUUCUCCUUCUAAGGUUGCCGUUUUGUGGGCCCCGGGAUGUGAACCACCUCUUCUGUGAAAUUCUGUCCAUCCUCAAGCUGGCCUGUGCUGACACCUGGGUUAACCAAGUGGUCAUAUUUGCUACCUGUGUGUUUGUCUUAGUUGGGCCUCUUUGUUUGAUGCUUGUCUCCUACAUGCACAUCUUCUGGGCCAUCCUAAAGAUCCAGACAAAGGAAGGCCGCAUAAAGGCCUUCUCCACCUGCUCCUCCCACCUUUGUGUGGUUGGACUCUUCUUUGGCAUAGCCAUGGUGGUUUACAUAGUCCCAGACUCUAAUCAACGAGAGGAGCAGGAGAAAAUGCUGUCCCUGUUUCACAGUGUCUUUAACCCAAUGCUGAACCCCCUGAUCUACAGCCUGAGGAAUGCUCAGGUGAAGGGUGCCCUCCACAGAGCACUGCAGAGGACGCGGUCUAUGUAAGGAGUGGACAGAGUGUUAGUUGGAUAGGACUUUGCUUUUAAACAAGUGGUUUGCUAAAGCAAAAACUGAGAAUUUUUUUUCAGUUAGAAGUUUGAUAUAAAUAUGGUAAUUUUUCAAAUUCUGGCUCUGAAAAUAUGACAAGAUUACAGUGAAAAAAACAGCACAUUAUAUUUUAUACUACCUUUCCCACUGAAAACUCUAUGGAGUAUGAACCCAGUUUCUGGAUUAAAUUUUAGUGUUGAGAGUCACUUCUAUUUGCAGAGUGGAAGAGAUGGAAAAGCUAUUUUCCUUUGGAAUUUGCAUCAUUUUCUCAGCAUUUUAUUGCAAAUCUCCCAUUUUGAAAGAAAAGCAAACAAAACCCAAAGCAAGCAUAAAUAGAUAUAGAUUAAAAUGUAUAAAAAUAAAAUAGAGAAAUGAAAAAGAAUAAGUAAAAUCAGUGAAAACAAAAGUGCUUCUUUGAAAAGAUUAACAAAAUUGACAAACUUUAGCUACAUUUACCAACAAAACAGUGAAAGACUCAAAUUACUAAAAUUAGGGAUAUAGAAACAUCAUCAGCAAUCUUACAGCUACAGAAAGGAUUAUCAAAGAACACUGUGAACAACUCUGUGUGAACAGUUAGAAACUUACAUAAAAGGAAAAAUUUCAAGAAAGUCACAAUCUACCAACUCAAUCAAAAAUAAAUAGAUAAUCUGAAUACACUUCUAGUAAGUAAAGAAGUUGAAUCAGUAAUUUUAAAACUAACACCAAAUAAAGUUGCCAAUCACAUUGCUGUAGUAACAAAUACUAUUUAAUUUUUAAAAGAAUAAUUACUACUAUUUCUUCAUAAAAAAUCUCUCAAAAAUGAAGAAAAUGGAACAUUUCCCAACUUAUUCUAUGAGGCCAGUAUCACCUGAUAUCAAAAAAAUCAGAGGCAUCACAGGAAAUAAAAACUAUAGACCAAUUUCUUUAUGAAUAUAGAUGCAAAAUUAUUCAACGAAUACCAGCAAACCAAAUGCAGCAAGCAUAAUUACCAAGUGAGGUUUAUUCAAAGAAUGCAAGGUUGUUUAAACAUUCAAAACUCAAUGUAAUAGACCAUGUUAAUAAAAUAAAGAAAAGAAAACACAUCUAAUUAUACAUACUAAAGGCAUUUGACAAUUCCAAAAUCCUUUCCUGACACACACACACUCACACACACACACACACACACACACCAGACUAGAAAUACAAGGGAAUUUCUUCAAACUGAUAAAGGGUAGAUAAGAAAACCAAAACUAAAAUUACAAUUAAUUGUUAAAGACUGGGAUGCUUUCCCCAUAAGAAACAUGAUCAAGGAAGUCUUUUGUUGCUGCUUCUGUUCAGCAUUAGACUGGAAGUUCUAGCCAGAGCAAUUAAACAAGAAAAAGAAAUAAAAGGCAUCCAGAUUGGAAAGGCAUAAGGUGAAAUGAUCUUGUGAAUAGAAAAUUCUAAGGAAUUUUUUAAAAUCAGCUCGAACAAAUAAAUUCAACAAUGCUGCAGAAUAAAAGUUUUGUACUCAAAUAUCAAUUGUAUUUCUGUCAAGAAGCUGAGCUUGAGACAGCUGAGUUUCCGAGUGUCUGAGUAACCAAGCUAAGCAACCAGCCAAAAUGAAAGCAACGGUCAAGUGUUUAAUCAUUUACUGUGAUCGCAUAAGCAAGAGGUUGAACUAAAGUAAGUUCCAACUCCCACACUGUUUCAUUUAUCCCUGUGGAACUGCACUGUGCAAAGGUCAGGUGGAUCGAUACAGAAGUAGGGAUCACCUCACAGCUGAAGCAUCCCCAAGCAAAAGGUCCUAAUAUUUUAUGAGCCUGAGAAUACAAGAGAGGAGAGAAGAGGGAGAGAGAAGGGGAGUAGAAACAUACUAAAUACUGAGUCAGAGUGGAGAAAAGGUGUCUUCAGGGUCUCCCCUUCUCCCCAUAAGAUCUAGGCCAAGCUUGUCCAACCCAACUCACUCAAAACUAAAUAGAUAAUCUGAGUAGACUUGUAAUAAGUGAAGAAGUUGAAUAAGUAAUUUUAAAACUUACACCAAAUAAGGCCAUCAAUCGCAUUGCUGUAGUGGCAAAUUAUACUUAAUUUUAAAAGACUAAUACUAUUUCUUCAUAAAAAUCUCUCAAAAUAGAAGAAAAUGGAACAUUUCUCAACUUAUUCUAUGAGGCCAGUAUCACUUGAUACCAAAAAAUCAAAGACAUCACAGGAAAUGAAAACUACAUUUCCAAAGACCUAUUGAUCAACUGUUUGAUGUGGCUUUCAGGGUAUUCAAUAAUAGCGAUAGGGCUGAAGAGGCUGAAAGAACCCAGCAUGGCAAAUGACGGGAUAGACAACAAGCCCCAUUGAUAGCAGUCUCUGUAAGCAGCGCCCUGCAACCUCAGGGUCACCCAGGGGGAUGCUUCACCCACAGAUCAAAAAAAGCCUAAUAGCAAGCCUGCAGGUAAUGGCUGCUACUUUAAGUGUAGGAAGCCAGGACAUUAGAGCAAGAACUACCCCAGUCAGGGCAGCCCACCCAACCCUGUUCUCACUGCAGACAGGUGGGUCAUUGGAAAAGGGAUUGUCCUGAGCUGUGAAGGAAGAAGAGGACACUUUAUGCCAUAAUGGCCCUAACUGAGGACUGGCGGCCAUAACUGAGGACUGGAGGGUCCAGAGGUUCCUAGUGACUCCCACAAAAGGCAUAGUAAGGAGUCUUGACUGACUGUUAACAUGACAGGUAAAAAUAUUAAUUUCUUAAUUGAUAUAGGGGCCAGUUACUCUGUCCUAAAUGGCCACUCUGGGCUCUUAUCCUCCAAAAACUGUACUGUCAUCGGUGUUGAUGGCACCUAAAAUCAAAGAUUAAACCAUUUUUCUACAAAAAAUUUUUAUGUAAUCAGAAAGACAUUACGUUUAGGUUUUGGUCAGUAAAAUUCCUAAUCUUUUAAAGAAACAAAAUGUGUUUACAUAACCUCCCAUCCAUUGCUGUUUGAUUACUGUUUAAUCAUCCGUAUAUUUGUGUCUUUAUAAAGAUAUUGAAAGAGAUGGAAGAUGCUUUCAAGGUCCCUUAUAAAGGUCAAAGUGUCAAUUAUCAGUAAAUACAAAAGAGGUCUACAAUUGAAUGAGGCAGGUAGACAGCCUGAUCAAACACAGAGCACAAUGAGAAGUGCUCUUUCAGGGAAUUACUUCAUUGAAACCACAGACCUCACCUGAGGUAUGUAGUCUAAGCUGAAGUUAUUUUGUCCCAUCACAUUAGCUGCUUAAGCCUGUCCUUUAAUUGUACACUAAAAUGCUCACUCACAUUUGCAUCUUAGCCCUAGCUCCCUCAAUAAUGAGAUUAUUCCCCACAUCUGUACUGAUCCAUUUGAUCCUCAACUGAUAUUAUUUCAUCGGAGAAAAUGAAAAUUGAGCAGGCCAGGACUUACUUCUUCUUGGCCUCUUGCUUAUAGUAUCACACAAAGUGAUUAAAGGCAUAAGUGUUACUUUCAUUUUGGCCUGUUGUUUUAAUUGUCUACUCCAACACCUGGAGGCUCACCUCUCUCUAGUCUGUCUUAACUCUCAUAUACAAGCAAUGAACAAUCCUAAAUAAACUGAAGAAAAGAAUCCAAUUUGCAAGACUGAGAAAAUAAAAUGCCUAAGAAUACAUCUAACAAAAAAAGAAAGACUUACAUACUAAAAGCAUAAAAUAUUGUUGACUGAAAUUAAAAUUUUAAGUAAAUAAAAAUACAUUCCAUGAACUAUGCAUUGGAAAACAAUUGUGCAGGUUUUUGGCUUAGAGUGACAUCAGCAAGAUGGUAGAGUAAGACUUUCCCAUACUUGUCCCCUCUCAGAACCAUCAAUUUGAACAAGUAUCCAUGCACAAACAUAUUUUCACAGGAGCUAAAGAAACAAGGUGAGUGAUUACAGCAACUGUGUGUAGCACAGAAAUAAGAAAAUAUUCAUUGUAAAGAGUAGGAAGGGCAGUUUCACAAUACCUGCAUCAACCCUCCCUACUCCAGGCAGAACAAUGCAGAGAGAGAUACCCUCUGCAUAGAGGAAAAAGAGGGGAGUAAAUAACAGAUUUUGUCUCAGACUCCAACGCUGGGCCAGCCUAGAUGCCAACAGUGGGUCUGCACCAGGCAGACUUUCACAACCACAGUCUCUGAGCUGUUACCCACAGAUUCAGCCUAUCUGCCACUGCCAAAUAGGUCCCCACAGAUUCAGGCUCCUGGCUGGCCCCAUGGCUCCAGAAUUCAGGCGGCACAUGCAGACUCAGUCUCCAGUCUCACUCCAGCACUAGGACAGCCCACCCCAAUGCCAGGCUAUCCCAGCAGCUUUGGCCUCCUGACCACCUAUGGGACUGGGCUGGCCUCCACAGCCCCACGUUUCAGUCCUGCCCCAAACUCUCUACUGGCCUAGAGUAAGGGUUCCCCUCAUAACCCCAGGCUUCAGGCAUGCCUCGGUGCCAGGCCAGGCCCUGAAGCCUCAGACUCCAGCAGACCCAGGGUUUAGGCCUGCACCAGCUGACUCAGGGUCUAGGCCAGUUCCAGCAGACCCCAGCACCAAGCUAGCCUCUGUGGACCCAGGUUCCAGGCCAGACCCAGGUUUCAGGAACUGGGCCCAACCUCAUAGACCCAGGUACCUGGCUGACUCACCUACUGACCUAGGCACUAGGCCAGCUUGACCAAGGACUUCAACAGGCCCACCUACAGACCAUGCAAGAUGGCCUGCCUAAAAUGACUGGACAAGUUGACUUGUGAAGGGCUUAUCUAGACAAUUCCAGUCUGCAAAGACUGGAAUAAGUCUCUGCUUCUUAAGGUGAGCAGACAUCAAUGCAUGGCCAUAAGGAUCAUGAAUAAUCACAAAACAUGGCAACACCAAAGGAACAAAUGAAGCGCCAACAACUGACCUUACAAAAAUGGAGAUUUACAAACUGCCUGACAAAUAAUUCAAAAUAAUCAUCUUAAAGAAGCUCAGUGAGCUACAAGAGAAUGUAAAUAGACAAAUAGAUAAAAUUAGGAAAACAAUACCUGAACAAAAUUAGAAGUUCAAUAAGAAAAGGAAACCAUAAA